CCUGUUUCUCGUUUAGAUCAACGUUGGCCAGGGAAGAGAGAGGAUAUCUGUGGGAUCUAUUCGUUAUUAAACUAAUAAAUACUAAAAAAACGGAAUAACUCUCUCUGGUUGGAUUUCUAGGUUUUCUUAAAGCUUCGGUAAGAAGACGUGCACGUUUUGUUGUUUAGGCGCUGGUUGAAUUGCGCGCAGGUUCUGGAGAUUAACGCACGCAUCGGUUCCUCGAGCGAGUGAUUUAUAACGAAACCGUUUUUUCCCCAGUUCUCUCUAAAACCAAGAUGAAGUUUUUAGUCGCCUUGUUUGUUGCUGUGUUAGUGGAAGCGGUCGCCUCAGAUUGUUCUUGUACCAAUAUGAAAUGGGCCACAUGUGACGGAGACCCAUGCCAGUGCACUCUUCAAUUCAAUAAGACAACCAAGCAACCGAUUGAUUGCACAAAAUUGAUUCCCAAGUGUUUCCUCAUGAAAGCGGAGAUGUUUCUCGUCAGAAACAACAAGUCUGGAAAAUUAAUCGGUGGGAAGCCGGUAGAAACGGCUUUUGUGGACAAUGAUGGCAUCUAUGACCCAGACUGUGAGAAUGAUGGAAAGUUCAAGGCAGUCCAGUGUAACGGCACUGAUGUGUGCUGGUGCGUCAACAGUGCCGGUGUGCGCAGAAGUGACAAGGGAGACAAGAACAUCAAGUGUGAGCCCGUGGAGACCUAUUGGGUUCGUCUGGAACUGAAGCAUAAAGAUGUGGCUGCGCCAGACGAUGUUAACAAAUGGAAGACUGGGAUUGAAAAUGCAUUACAGGAACGUUACAAGUUGGAUAAGAAACUUUUGUCUGACGUUCAGUAUGACCAAGCUGGCCGUCUCCUUGUCGUGGAUGUGAAAAAGCCUAUUGGAUCCAGUGAUCCAGACCUGUCCCUCAUGACUUACUACAUGGAGAAGGAUGUCAAAGUUCUGCCCCUCUUUCAAAACGGUCAACCAUUUGAAGUCAGUGUUGAGGGAUCCAAGGUGUCCAUGGAGAACAUCCUGGUGUACUAUGUAGAUGAAGUGGCACCCACCUUCACUAUGCAGAAGCUGACUGGUGGGGUCAUUGCUGUCAUUGUGGUGGUCAGCCUGAUUGUGAUUGGUGGACUUCUGGUUAUUUUCUUCGUCGCACGGCGACAGAAGGCCCAGUACAGCAAAGCACCGCCCAGAGAGAUGGAGACCUUGUCUUAAAGCUACUGAUGACGUCUGACACUGGGAGGUGCCUCGUGCUGAAGCAUAUACCUGCUCUACGUUUGCGUGUGACGUUUAUUAGAAACUAAGUGUCUGUAACACGCGGAGUACAGUUUGAUUUUUAAUUGCUACACUUUGCUAUUUAAUGAGGGCUUAUUUUCAAUUUGAUCAAUGUUUUAACACUGUACAGUUUGUGACUUGUAAGUUUUAAUAAAAAAUUGUUAAACUUUU